AUGUUUGACAUUUCAAAUAUUUUCCCUAAUAAUGUAGAUGUAGCGGUAAUUGUAAAAAACAUGGAAGAGCGUCCAAAGUACGUCAAAUUAAAUCUUAAAGAUAAUUUAUCAAAGAUUCGUCAAGAUUUGAAAAAAAAUGAUAUUAUUAAUAGUACAUUAUCAUUUUCAAAGUAUCUUGAAAUUAACGAUGAAUGUGCGGAAAUUUUAGAUGAAGAAAAUUAUCUCUUAAUUAGAAGUUCAAAAAUUGACUGGAAAUUUUUUAACGAAUAUCAUAAAUUGGAUUUUGGAUGUACCAUGGGAAUUGACGGAAUUAUAAGAGCGAAUUUAAAAGCAUUCAUCAUUCAAAAUUGUGAUUCGAGUAAAUUUGGUGUUGAAGGAUAUCGAAGAAGGAAAGUUAAAAUAAAAACAAAAGAAGAUUGGAUGAUGAAUACAAAUUUAAUCUUUGAUAUUGCUGUGAAAAAUUUUUUAAAUUUAGAAAUAUCAAGAGAAACAUCGAGAGAUGAUACGUUAAACUUUGAAAGUAGUAGUGAAUUUGUAACUUUUGGUAAAUUUUCUUUGAAACUUAAAGAUUUAGAACCAACCUUGGAAUUUCUUAAUGCAGUGAAAGAAGCAAUAAAAUCUAAAGACCCUAACAGUUUUAGACAAAUUACUAGGGAUUUCGGUCUGUUUAUCCCUACCGAAAUUAUUUUAGGCGGAAGAGUAAAUUAUGAUGAUGUAAAGUUAUCAGAAGGUAAUUUUGUAAGAAGUUCUAAAGGGGGCGCUAUUAAAGUAGAUAAAGUAGAUCAAGCUCUUCAUGGCAAAGUAGCCAAAGUUUCCAGUAGUUCGAGAGAAAAGUCAAAUUAUUAUAGCUCCGAUCGUGUUAAAUUAAUUGGUGGGGAACAACCCAAAAACCUAAACGAAUUUGAUGAGAAAGCUUGGGUUGAAUCUUUAAAUGAUUCUAACAAUUGUUAUCCUAUAGAAUUUCGAGAAUCAAUUAGUAUCUUUCAAAUUUUGCCUGAUUACUUACGCAGACAGGUCAUUGAAUCUAUUGGAAAAAGGAUACAUUAUACAAAGUUUGAAGAGAUCAAGUAUACCUUAAAGGAACGUGGUAGUGCAAAAAUCUUUCCAUUGGAAAUGUCACCAAAGAUCUCGAAAAUGUUGAAAAACAAAGAUGCAGAUUGUAACAUUUUUGCAACCGUUAUUGAUGUAAUGGGAUCAAAAAAUGAUUUUUUUACAUGCCAAAUUCUUUGUCCGCCAGGAGGAAAACCAGACCUCAUAAUUCAUUGCAUUCAAGAUACACCUCAAUUACGUAUAUGCGAAUUGAAAGUUGGAUGGAUGGUAAUUGGAUAUUAUACAGAUUUCAAUUCUAUACUUUCAGAUUUUAAAACUCAAUUAAAUGUUCUGAAAAGUGAUUUCACUUUUGUUAAGAAUGGUCCUGCGAUUAAUACAGAAUCAUUAAGUUUUGAGUAUGACCCAAUCAUUAGAGAAAUCCCUCCUUGCUUAGGAAUUCCAGUGUUGAGUAAAUUAGAUUCCUCAAAUAGAUCCAUCGUUAUAGGACAUCAUUUUUUCAAUCCUCAAGAAAAUAAAAUUGGAAAGUGCACAUAUUCUUACUGUUCAAAAAGUAAUCAAUGUACAACGCUACCCGAUUUUACUUUUUAUACGCUUAUUAUUUCAAAUUAUAUUAUUCCCGAUGAUUUUGGCUCCAUUUCUUGUCAAACAUCACGUUCUAUUAUGUCGUUUAGGAGACAUUACACUGUUCUCAAUAAUGAUAUCAAAGAAGAAAAUACUCGUUUAAAUUAUAUUAGCAUAUAUUCUACAAAAGUAGCUAAAUACGGAGCUAUUUUUAUAAAGCGGAUUGACAAUCAAGUUAAAGUCAAAUUUGUUCCUUGUAAAUGUGGAACCACUUGUAUAAAUAAUUCAGAAUUAUUAGAAAAAGAUAUUGAUUUUAAAUAUUUUAACCCCCCAAAUAUCAG